AUGUUUACCAGGAUCCCUAAUACUCUUUCCAGAGCUUACCCUUUGGGACUACUUUUCUGUAUGCUCUCAGGGUCCUGGGCACAGAUGCAGCUGGUGGAAACAGGAGGCAAACUGAUCUAUGAAGGCCAGAACUUGACCCUGACCUGUAAAGCUUUAGGGAUUCAAAUUAAGGAGCUUUCCUUUUCCUGGCACUGGACACCACCUGGAGGCUCAAAAGAGUGGGUGGCCAGUAUCACUGCUGGGACAAGUAAUGUCCGAGAGUACAGGAAAGACAUUCAGAAUAGAGCCUUCAUUUUCAGGAACAAUGAGGCCAACACAGUCUUAUUGACUCUGUAUCAUCUGCGGAAAGAGGACUCAGGCAUUUACUACUGUUCAAAACUCACCAUGUUAAGGCCAGGUAAAAGAGAAUUGCUGGAGUUUCAUCUUGAGCAGGAGAAUGAUGUGGCUAACUCUACAGACCAAGAAAACCGGUGGGAUGACUUUGGGCCAGGAACAGAAGUGAUUGUGCUUCCACGAGAUGAGACCUACCUGAAAGAAUCAGGAGGUGGCCCAUAUCCAGGCAAUGAGACUCUAGACCUCAAAUGCCAAACAUCUGGCUUCCAAUUCAAUACAAGUAUACUAGGCUGGUACCUUUGGCACCCUGGAUGUGCUCCUCAGUGGCUGUCCAGCCUUGACCAUAUAUCCACAGAAACCAAAGAAGACCGAAUCAUCUCUUCUAAAGAGGACAGAAGCAGCCAGAUUUUUCUUCAUAUUAAAGGCCUGGGCAUUGGGGAUUCUGGCAAUUAUCACUGUACAAGAAGGAUGGGUGAUGGAGAUGACACAGACAAGCUUGUCUUUGGUCCUGGGACAGCUGUAACUGUAGAACCUGGACCUCGGGCCCCUUUGUCACCUGGAGUGUUUCUGGUGAGGAGUAAGGAUGCUGUGGCCUGCUUGGUCAGUAACUUCUACCCCAAGGAGCUAUAUGUGUCUCUGGCCUCUUCUGGAGCUUCAAUAUCAGACCAGGUCCUCACUGUGGCUCCCACAGCACGUGGCACCUACAGCGCCAUCCAGAUUGGUAGGGUUGGUGAGAAUGAUAUAGUAAUCUGCACAGUUGAGCACCUUGGAAAAGAGAUCCAUAUGUUCAGCAAGUCAGACCCUUUGAAGCUGGCAUCAUCCUAUUCUGAUCAGAAGUUCACAGAUGAAUUAAAGAUGAAUGGGAGAAGGGCAGAAAUAAUGGAAUUAAGCCUGAACAACAUCAUUGAAACAGAAUCUGAACAGAGGAAUAAAUUACUCCUCAGUGUGCUGAGCCUGAGAUUGCUGUUUAUGAAGACUGUGGCCAUCAAUGUCCUGUUCACAAUAAUAGCUUUGAUUUUCUGA